GAGCUUGCAUAUGUCUCAUUGCAUACUGUGACAACGGCCAUGGAGAUCCAGUAUGACCCAGAUUCAAGCUCUACCAUCAUCGAGGAGGACUCUGUCUUCAUAGAGUCAUUCUUUGCCAUUCCUGAUGAGGAGAUUGAGUCCAAGCUGCAUUUGCAGUUGCCAUGGCUCCUUUGUCUUGAGCUCAAUCAUGCUAAAAUGAUUGAUCACAAGCUCACCAUGGCUUAUGUUGCCAGUUGCAUCGCAGAGAGUUUCAAGACUGCUGAUGUCUUGGUCAUUCAAAGUGAAGAUAACUCGAAGAAGCUCAUUAUCCAUUGCCAUGUACUCAGUGGUGGUGAUGAAGACGAUUGA